AUGGCUUCAAAGUCAGACGUAACUCAUGAAACCCCAACGGACACACCAGUCGGACCAUACCCAAGCAACCAUACGGAAAUGAACGACGAGAUUCCUCCAAUCUACUACGACUCCGAACCCUCAUCUCAACCUCCCAAAUACCCACAUUCCCAACAACCCUCACCUGCCCAACCGCCUCCAUCGUCUCCAACAUCCUCCUCAAAGCCAUUCAACCCCCACCGCAACUCCGCCCCAGCCUCCACCAUAGCCGCCAUUCUCGCAUCACCCCACGAAGAUCUCGAUGCCCAGCGUCGAGCCGAUCGCAAGAAGAAAUCGCUCCGCGAAAGGUGGAGAGACUUCAAGGACAGAAAUUUUCAUGAUGAUGGGGACGGUGAGUUUAAGGGAGCCAGUGGGGCUAGUGCGGCGGAGUGGAAUGUCAUGGGCGGAAGGGUGCAGGGAGGGCAGACGAGUCCGUAUCGGAAGAAGUAG